UGGUGUGUGCAGAACUAGUGUGUGUAGACCUGGUGCGUGUAGACCUGGUGUGUGCAGCCCUGGUGUGUCCCUCUCAGCAGAAGGAGCUGCAGCAGCAGUCUCUCUGGUGCUCACUGAAGCCACAGAUUGUCUAAUUAGAUUAAGCGAGGCUUUCCUCAGAUAAUCAUUUAGCCAGCUCCUGUUUUUUCUCCGAUGGAGCACUGCUUGUGACUGUGAGCUUGCUGAAGGUCAAGCUGAAUUUCUGGACAACAGGCUGCUUUUUGGAGUAAAUUGCGGUCUUGGAGCAGGUCUUGGUGCAGACUGUGGCUGGGUUAUGGGCUGUUUCUGGAGCGUGUGUGACGCUGCUCAGAGUAAUCGGACUGCUGCUAAUACCUGCUGCUGCUAACAGGAGGCGAUGGGGGAAGUUUCUUCACAAAGUCCCUGUAAGGCCAAAUCUGCACCGCAGGCCCACCACUGAGUCUGUGUUUGUCGGGAAGGCCUCUGUCGAGCCCCAGAGGAGCAGACAUGGCCAAUAACUCUUUUCGUGGGUCGAAACACGGCCGACGUGAUGACGUUAACCACGAGGCAGAGUUCAGCUGCUCGCUGCAGGAGCUGCGCUCGCUCAUGGAGCUGAGAGGACCGGAGGCUCUGACCAGGAUCCAGAAAAGUUACGGAGACGUUAAUGGGCUGUGUACCAGACUGAAGACUUCACCUGUCCAAGGUUUAGAUGGAAACUCUGACGACAUCAACAGAAGGAAAAAGGAGUUUGGACAGAACGUAAUCCCUCCUAAAAAGCCAAAAACCUUUUUGCAGUUAGUGUGGGAAGCCCUGCAGGAUGUCACGCUCAUCAUCCUAGAGGUGGCAGCCGUCAUUUCACUUGGCCUUUCUUUCUACAAACCGCCAGAUGCUGAGAGACAGAACUGUGGCAGCGCGGCGGGCGGCAUGGAGGACGAGGAGGACUCGGAGGCUGGGUGGAUCGAGGGCGCUGCCAUCCUGCUGUCCGUGGUGUGCGUGGUCCUGGUGACGGCCUUCAAUGAUUGGAGCAAGGAGAAGCAGUUCCGCGGCCUCCAGAGCCGCAUCGAGCAGGAGCAGAAGUUCACUGUGGUCCGAGGCGGACAGGUGAUCCAGAUCAAUGUGUCCGAGAUCGUGGUUGGAGACAUUGCACAAGUCAAAUAUGGUGACCUUCUCCCAGCUGACGGCAUCCUGAUCCAGGGCAAUGAUCUAAAGAUCGACGAGAGCUCUCUGACCGGAGAGUCCGAUCAUGUCAAGAAGAGCGUCAGUGAAGACCUCAUGAUGCUGUCAGGUACCCAUGUAAUGGAGGGCUCUGGAAAAAUGCUGGUCACCGCUGUAGGCGUGAACUCUCAGACUGGCAUCAUCUUCACACUGCUCGGCGCUGGUGAGGAAGGUGAGGGCGAAGGUGACGAGAAGGCUGAGAAAGAGAAGAAGAAGAAAGAGAAAGAAAAGAGGAAAGAGGAGCGGAAAAAGAAGGAGAAGAAGGACAAGAAAAGUAAAAAAGACGACAAAGGCAAGAAAGGGAAAAACAAGGAUGGAGCCAAUGUGGAGAUGCAGCCGCUCAACGAGGACGAAGAACCAGACAAGAAGAAAAACCUGCCAAAGAAGGAGAAGUCGGUCCUCCAGGGGAAGCUGACCAAACUGGCUAUGCAGAUCGGCAAAGCAGGUCUGUUAAUGUCGUCUCUCACCGUCCUAAUCCUCAUCACUCGCUUCGUGAUCGACACCUUCUGGAUUCAAGGGGUUCCCUGGGCCAAUGAGUGUAUGCCCAUCUACGUGCAGUUCUUAGUGAAGUUCUUCAUCAUCGGUGUGACAGUGCUGGUCGUGGCCGUGCCUGAAGGUCUCCCUCUGGCUGUCACUAUCUCCUUGGCCUAUUCAGUCAAGAAAAUGAUGAAGGACAACAACCUUGUCCGCCACCUAGACGCCUGUGAGACGAUGGGCAACGCCACAGCCAUUUGCUCCGACAAGACAGGUACACUAACUAUGAACCGCAUGAGAGUGGUGCAGGCCUACAUCGCAGGAUCCUACUACAAAGAGGUGCCGGAGCCGAGCAAGAUCCCUGCCAAGAUACUGGACCUGCUCAUCCUGGGUAUUGGGGUCAACUGCGCCUACACCACCAAGAUCAUGCCUCCAGAGAAGGAGGGCGGGCUCCCUCGCCAGGUGGGAAACAAGACUGAAUGUGCCUUACUGGGACUCACCCUCGACCUGCACAGAGACUACCAGACCAUCCGCAAUGAGAUCCCAGAGGAGAGACUGUUCAAGGUCUACACUUUCAACUCUACAAGGAAGUCCAUGAGUACUGUGUUAAAGAACCAUGACGGCAGCUACCGAAUGUUCAGCAAGGGGGCCUCUGAGAUCCUGCUCAGAAAGUGCUGUAAGAUUCUGAUGGGCAGCGGAGAAGCCAAUGACCUCAAACCUCGGGACCGAGACCACCUGAUAAAGAACGUGAUUGAGCCAAUGGCUUCAGAGGGCCUAAGGACCAUAUGCCUCGCCUACAGAGACUUCCCCACAGCUGACGGAGAGCCUGACUGGGACAAUGAGGUCCAGAUCCUCACCGGCCUCACCUGCAUCGCUGUGGUUGGCAUUGAGGACCCUGUGCGACCUGAGGUACCAGAAGCCAUCAGAAAGUGCCAGCGGGCCGGGAUCACAGUCCGCAUGGUGACCGGAGACAACAUCAACACUGCACGGGCCAUUGCAGUCAAAUGUGGCAUCCUGCAACCUGGAGACGACUUUGUGUGUAUGGAGGGCAAAGAGUUCAACCGACUGAUCCGAAACGAGCUGGGAGAGAUUGAGCAGGAACGUAUUGACAAGAUUUGGCCAAACCUGAGAGUCCUUGCCAGAUCGUCGCCAACGGACAAACACACUCUGGUCAAAGGUAUCAUCGACAGCACGGUGCUGGAGCAGAGGCAGGUUGUCGCCGUUACAGGAGAUGGAACAAAUGACGGGCCUGCCCUCAAGAAGGCAGAUGUCGGCUUCGCCAUGGGCAUUGCAGGAACAGAUGUGGCGAAGGAGGCGUCUGACAUCAUCCUGACGGACGACAACUUCAGCAGCAUUGUGAAAGCCGUGAUGUGGGGCAGGAACGUCUACGACAGCAUCUCCAAGUUCCUGCAGUUCCAGCUCACUGUGAACGUGGUCGCUGUCAUCGUGGCCUUCACCGGGGCCUGCAUUACCCAGGACUCUCCUCUAAAAGCUGUGCAGAUGUUGUGGGUCAACCUCAUCAUGGACACCUUCGCUUCACUGGCUCUCGCCACCGAGCCUCCCACCGAGGCGCUGCUGCUCAGGAACCCAUACGGCCGAAAGAAGCCACUCAUCUCCCGCACCAUGAUGAAGAACAUUCUGGGACACGCUGUCUACCAGCUGACACUAAUCUUCAUCCUGCUGUUCCUCGGCGAGACAUUGUUCGACAUCGACAGCGGCAGGAACACCCCCCUCCAUGCACCACCCUCUGAGCACUACACCAUAGUGUUCAACACCUUUGUCCUCAUGCAGAUCUUCAACGAACUCAAUGCCCGCAAGAUUCACGGAGAGAGGAACGUCUUCGAGGGCGUCUUCAAGAACCCAAUCUUCUGCUCUAUUGUCCUGGGAACCUUGCUCAUACAGGUGGUCAUCGUGCAGUUUGGUGGUAAACCAUUUAGCUGUGUGGAUCUGACCCUCGACCAGUGGCUGUGGUGUAUUGUCAUGGGCCUCAGCAGCCUCCUAUGGGGACAGCUGGUGUCAAGUGUCCCCACCAGGUGGCUGAAGUUCCUGAAGACAGCAGGCCACGGCACGCAGCAGGAGGAGAUCCCUGAGGAAGAGCUGGAGGACAUGAAUGACCUGGAUGAGAUCGACCAUGCUGAGAUGGAGCUGAGGAGGGGGCAGGUGCUCUGGUGCCGUGGUCUCAACCGCAUCCAGACACAGAUCCGUGUGGUGAAUGCCUUCAGAGAUAGCGUGUCUCCCUACGAAGGCCUGGAGACGCCCGAGGCUCGCAGCUCCAUCCACAACUUUAUGAGCCACCCCGAGUUCCGGAUUGAGGACUCGGAGCCUCAUAUCCCCCUGAUUGAUGAGAACGAGGGCGAGGACGAGGCCCCCACCAAACGGAUCUCCAUCAUUAUCCCACCGCCGCUGACUGGACUGUCCAAUCUACCGCCACUCCCGCCCUCGCCCAACCAGAACAACAAUGCCAUGGACGUUAUCACCCCACUGCACAAGGACGCCUCCAGGGCCGGUCUGAUCCCAUCCAACUCAGCGAGCCUGCCACCGUGUCCAGGGAGCCCCCUGCACAGCCUGGAGACCUCACUGUGAAGCCCCCGUUCCUCAGACUGACUACAUCUUGUUGCAGUGGUCCGUCCUGUUUGUACUGUGCUCCUGACUGUGAGAGCUUUGCAUCUUCUGAGAGCGGAGAAAUUAGACAAAAACAGACUCAUCUGAUGUUCAGGAGUUCACCAGCUGGUUUUUAGAUCCCAGGAAGCAAAAAUGUCUCCAGGUGUGUUUGUCGUUGUUUGCUGAGCAGCGGCGGCGGCGGCAGAUCCACACAGACUGUUUUCUUCCGUCCUGAUGUUUUCCGUCUGUACUUAAUCGAACUCUGCAGUUGUUAUUUAGGUGAAGUGUGUUUGUGAAGUUGUUGAUCAAUUAUCAGUUUCUAUCUGUAAAUAUCGAUGUUGAUGUUCAGAUGUAGUCAGGGGGUUUGGAUCAAAUAAGCUCUGAUGUGAGCUGAAGAUGGCGAUCUGAGGAUAGAUUGUGUCGAGGUUUGUGACUGAAAAGUGUAGAGUCAGUCAGAUUUUAUGGGGG